UACAGACGUCAGUCUCACAUGGAGACAAAGACGUGGACAUGGACUUGAACUGACGUAAAUUCUAUUAGCGGAGUCUUGUGUUGACCUGCAGGUGGCAGUCAUGUUGUCAGUGACAGUGAGCCAUGCUGCGUCAGUGCUCUAAAACAUUCAUGCUGAGAUAUCACAGGUGAUUUUCUUUCUUGUGUUCGGUCUCCGGUGUCCGGUCACAGUGGUUGGACUUGUCUGCGAUAUGGUGCAGACAAAAUGUCAAGUUUUUUACUCAUAGGUGUCAUCAUCUAAAAAUACAAUAGAAAUCAGUUUCCUGCCUCCUGCAGCUGCAGCUGGCGUCGCCUCCUCCUCGCGUGCCCUCGUUUGUUUUCACAGCCACAUUCGUCAUCACCAGCACUUUUCCCUCCAAACAGCAUUAAUCAUGUGAUUCCAGCAGAGACGUGCGCACCCGAGGGAGUCACAGAGAAACCCUCCGUACUGUAGGUUGAGUGAACAGGCCAAGGCUCGGCGUGCUCGGCGUCCGGGAACCAUUCAACAUUUCACUGAAGAACACGACGACAGUAGCUUUAGCUCUAAUUACACGGAUGUAGCCUUUAAUCAAAGACGAAGAUGGCCGACAACGUGAGCACCAGACUGGACACGCCCACCAACGUCUCCCUGAGUGCCGGCAAUGACGUCUCUGAGUCGUCAGAGUACAAGAGCGUGUCUGUGUUUCUGGUGCUGCUGGUGUGCGGCGUGGGCAUCGUGGGGAACGUCAUGGUGGUGCUCGUGGUCCUCACCACACGUCACAUGAGGACGCCCACCAACUGCUACCUCGUCAGCCUGGCCAUCGCCGACCUGACGGUGCUGGUGGCGGCGGGGCUGCCCAACGUGGCGGACAGUCUGAGCGGCACGUGGGUGUUCGGCCACGUCGGCUGCCUGGGCAUCACCUACCUUCAGUACCUGGGCAUCAACGUGUCGUCCUGCUCCAUCACCGCCUUCACGGUGGAGAGGUACAUCGCCAUCUGUCAUCCAAUGAAGGCUCAGACCGUGUGCACCGUGUCCAGGGCCAAACGCAUCAUCGCCGGGGUUUGGAUCUUCACCUGUGUCUACUGCAUGCUCUGGUUUUUCCUGGUGGACAUUCAGGUGGGAGAGGACGGACACGUGCAGUGCGGCUACAGAGUGAAGCGGGAGCUCUACCUGCCCAUCUACCUCACUGACUUUACCGUGUUUUACGUCACGCCGCUGCUGCUCGCCAUCGUGCUGUACGGUCUGAUCGCACGAGUCCUCUACGUCAGUCCGCUGCCCAACCAUCCCGACACCAGCGCCACCACCCUGCGGAGAAGCUGCCGGGAAACCUGUGAAGUGGGUAAAGGGGGUCGUCCCAGCCGACCCAAGACAGCCAUUUCCUCCAGGAAACAGGUGACUAAGAUGUUAGCUGUGGUCGUGAUCCUCUUUGCUCUGCUGUGGAUGCCUUACCGCACCUUAGUCCUCAUCAACUCUUUCGUGUCCACGCCGUACCUGAACGCCUGGUUCCUCCUGUUCUGUCGGACGUGCAUCUACGCUAACAGCGCCAUCAACCCUGUGAUAUACAACGCAAUGUCUCAGAGGUUUCGCUCUGCAUUUCGCGGGCUUUACCGUUGCCAGCGGCCGGAAGGACUUCAGAGGACACUGUCAACAAUCCAGACGGGUUUCGGCAAAGUCAGAGAACCCCAAACCUCCCUGGCAACCGACAGCAAAGGAGAUGAUGAGGAGGCGAGGAGGAGGACGAGGAGGAGGAGCAUCCUGGAUGAUAUAAAGACAAAGCAGAAUGGAAGCAGCCACCAGGAGAGAGUCAGCGAUGGCGGCCCUUUUGAAACGUCACUGUGUGGUCGUGAGGAUGAGGAGUGGCCUUCGUCAAGUGACCCCUCAGCAAAUGUUCAACAUUCUGUAAACGACAAAGAGGACAAUGUGUAAUGUUUUUGUCAUUGUAGGACACACAGGGAUGUGAAGGUGAUCACAUGAUCAGCAGGAUCACAUGACGGCACAUUUCAUAUCAACGUGUUUUAACUGAACCGUUUCCUGUUUACAAACAAAAAGUGAAGAGGAAGAGGAAGAGGAAGGUGUUUAACCACAGCAGGAAGUUCACCGGUUUGCUUUAAAAUGUGUUUUUCAUGUAGUGUUUUACGGCUUUAUCACACAAAGACAAAGACAUGGACUGUAAAUAAGGGAGUGUCAAGUGUGAGUGUUGUAUUUCUUUUAUUAUUAGGGUGUUCACACAUGUGUUCAUUAAA